AAAAAGAAGAAACAGGUGGAAGGAAGGAAGGAAGGAACAUGGUGAUGAUGUACGAAACGAAAUAUGUUUACGUUGGUUUCGUGGUUGUUGCUUGCUUGCUUGCUUUUAGGAAAAACUCUUUUUUAAGGUUCAGUAGUGUUGGGAAAGUCCAACGUAGUAGGAAAGCAAAGAAGAUAGGCGGCCAUAACAUGGACACCCCACUUGUGUCACUGUCAGACACUGUGGAUGGUGCCGUAGACCACAAAGGCCGCCCAGUCCUCCGAUCGAACACUGGUGGCUGGAGGUCAGCAUAUUUCAUCAUAGGUGUGGAAGUGGCGGAGAGGUUUGCAUACUAUGGGAUAAGCGCGAACUUGAUAACGUACUUGACGGGACCGCUGGGUCAGUCCACAGCCACUGCGGCGGAGAACGUUAACGUAUGGUCUGGAACAGCGUCGUUGCUUCCUCUUUUGGGAGCAUUCCUGGCUGAUUCAUUUCUGGGUCGCUACCGCACCAUUGUCGUUGCUUCUCUUAUCUACAUCUUGGGACUAGGCUUGUUGACUGUGUCGGCUAUGCUUCCUUCUCUAAGCACUUCUGAUUACAUAGACGCCAACAAAAUUAUGUUACGUUCUACUUGUCAGCUCCAAGUAAUCUUAUUCUUCUUAUCUCUAUAUCUAGUUGCAGUUGGGCAAGGUGGACACAAACCUUGUGUUCAGGCUUUUGGAGCUGAUCAGUUUGAUGGACUAGAUCCUGAGGAGUGCAAAGCCAAAAGCUCAUUCUUCAACUGGUGGUAUUUUGGUAUAUGUGGGGGUGCUGCUAUUACAAAUUUGGUCACAUGCUAUAUACAAGAAAACCUUAGUUGGGGUCUGGGAUUUGGAAUUCCUUGUAUUCUAAUGGUUGCUGCAUUGGGCGUUUUCUUGCUCGGUACCAAGACUUAUCGAUAUAGUGUUAAAGGGGAUGAGAAAAGCCCAUUUCUCAGGAUUGGUCGAGUCUUUGUUGCUGCUGUUAAAAAUUGGCGGACUACCCCUUUGCCAAUAAUUAUUGAAGAGGAAGCUCAUGCAACCCUGCCACACCAUAGCUCUGAACAAUUCAAGUUUCUUAACAAGGCCUUGUUGUCCCCAGAUGGUUCAAAAGAAGAAGGCAAGGUUUGUUCUUUCAGUAACAUUGAAGAAGCAAAGACUGUUCUUAGGCUUGUUCCAAUAUGGGUUACGAGCUUGGGAUAUGCUGUUGUGUAUGCUCAGAUCUCAACUUUCUUUACCAAGCAAGGUGCUACUAUGGACAGAACAAUUUUUCCUGGUUUUGAGAUACCAGCUGCUUCACUACAGUUCUUUGUCAACCUGUCCAUUAUUCUCGUCAUUCCUAUAUAUGAUCGCAUCUUUGUUCCUAUAGCAAGAGCUUUUACUAGAAAUCCCUCUGGUAUCACGAUGUUACAGAGAAUUGGAAUUGGGAUGCUUUUCUCUGCCAUUUGCGUUGUAGUUGCAGCUCUAGUUGAAAUGAAAAGGCUCAAAAUUGCCAAAGAAUAUGAGCUAGUUGAUAUGCCAAAUGUGACUAUUCCAAUGAGUGCAUGGUGGCUUCUUCCUCAAUAUGUUCUGUCAGGAAUUGCUGAUGUUUUCACUGUGGUUGGCCUACAAGAAUUCUUCUAUGAUCAGGUCCCAAUUGAAUUAAGAAGUGUGGGCCUCGCCCUCUAUCUCAGUAUUUUUGGGGUCGGGAAUUUUUUAAGUAGCUUUCUCAUCUCUGUCAUUGAAGAAGUGACCGGCAGGGAUGGCAAAAAUAGUUGGUUUGCUGAUAAUCUUAAUCGGGCACAUCUUGAUUACUUCUAUUGGCUACUUGCAGGACUCAGUGCAAUAGCAUUGGCUGCAUAUGUAUAUUUUGCAAAAUCUUAUAUUUAUAAUAGGAAAAGUACAACAUAGGUACGGUCAUCCCACGUUUACUUCAAUUUGUAAUAUAUAGUAAGCAAUUAAGGGAGGGCUAAUACAUAAGAGUGAAGUGUACUC